AAACUCCCCCUCCUCCAGUCGUCCCCUCUCUCCCACGCCUCGCGUCGAGCACUUGGCACUGCCAAUGGCGACUCUUGCCCUCUCCACUCCGAUGCGCGCAAGCGGCCUCCUUUCCUCGUGAGGUCGACGCGCCUCUUCCUCCUCGUGCUCCGGUCCCCGCCUCGUUCGUUUCUCCGGCCCCGAGCCAUCGCGCCCGCAUCUCGUGCUCCCGGUUCUUGCCCCCCGCGGUUCUUGGACGCCACCUCGCCGGCGCGCGCACCUGGUGCCCCGCCCGCGCCGAAUCCGAGUGACCCGUGCGGCCCCGUCGCGUGCGCGGGAUCCAGCGGAUCGUGAGCUGGGAAGCGGGCACUACCGGGGGAGGCGGGCAAUGGCGGCCGUGUCGGGCCCGCUUUGCACGUGGCUCGUCGCCGCGUGCUUGUCGGCGGCGUGCGAUGCCGAUGAGCACAAGCAGAAGCAUUGCUGCACCGGAGGCGGCGUGAUGUUCGGCCAGCGCCGUCGCCCGGGUGCGCGUCGGCGCGGCGCGGCGCACUCUGGAAUGACCAUGGCCGUUGCCUUACAAGCUGAAAGAGGUGUUAUCGAAAAGAAGAAGCCUCAUAUAAAACAAAGGAGGGUGGUUGUCACUGGAAUGGGUGUAGUGACACCAUUGGGCCAUGAUCCCGAUGUGUUUUACAACAACCUUCUGGAUGGUGUUAGUGGAAUAAGCGAGAUAGAGAGAUUCGACUGCUCCAACUUCCCCACGAGAAUCGCAGGAGAGAUAAAAUCCUUUUCUACAGAGGGUUGGGUCGCACCUAAGCUUGCUAAGCGGAUGGACAAAUUUAUGCUAUAUUUGAUAACUGCUGGAAAGAAGGCAUUAGAAAAUGGUGGACUCACCGAAGAACUCAGGAAUGAAUUGGACAAAACCCGAUGUGGGGUUCUCGUUGGUUCUGCAAUGGGUGGCAUGAAGGUUUUUAAUGAUGCAAUUGAAGCACUGAGGGUCUCUUACAAGAAAAUGAACCCGUUUUGUGUUCCUUUUGCAACUACAAAUAUGGGCUCUGCAAUCCUUGCAAUGGAUCUGGGAUGGAUGGGACCAAACUAUUCUAUUUCCACUGCUUGUGCUACCAGUAACUUCUGUAUCCUCAAUGCAGCAAACCAUAUCAGAAGAGGGGAAGCUGAUGUUAUGCUCUGUGGUGGUUCUGAUGCACCGCUUAUCCCAAUUGGAUUGGGAGGUUUUGUGGCCUGCAGAGCUCUUUCACAGAGAAACAGUGACCCAACGAAAGCUUCACGGCCCUGGGAUGUGGACCGUGAUGGCUUUGUUAUGGGGGAAGGGGCCGGUGUUCUUGUAUUGGAAGAACUUGAGCACGCUAAGGAAAGAGGUGCAAAAAUAUAUGCUGAGUUUCUAGGUGGAAGCUUCACAUGUGAUGCGUACCACAUGACUGAGCCACAUCCUGAAGGAAGAGGAAUUACUCUCUGCAUCGAAAAGGCACUAGAUGAUGCAGGGGUAGCAAGGGAAGAAAUCAACUAUGUCAAUGCCCAUGCAACAUCUACACAAUCGGGUGACUUGAAGGAGUAUGAGGCUAUCGUGCGGUGUUUCAGCCAGAACCCUCAACUAAGGGUGAACUCAACAAAAUCAAUGACUGGCCAUCUUAUAGGAGCAGCUGGUGGAAUAGAAGCUGUUGCUUCUAUACAGGCUAUAAGAACUGGGUGGGUCCAUCCAAAUCUGAAUUUAGAUAAUCCAGAGAAAAUUGUGGAUCUGGGCAUCUUAGUUGGAUCACAGAAGGAGAGAUGUGAAGUGAAGGUGGCGCUAUCAAACUCAUUCGGAUUCGGUGGGCACAACUCAUCGAUUCUGUUCGCGCCCUAUAAGUGAACAUGACCGACGAACAACCAGCUUCCUCUGUCAUCCAAUGGCUUCAUGGGACUGGAACUGCAUAUAUAAGACUAGUGGACUCUGCGAUUUCCUCCGUGCCACAUAUUACAUGGAGGUCCAAGUUGAGGGGAAUAUUGUGCCAUACAUAAUUGAGCGAAGAAAACAGCGCCUCCUGGCCCCUGCAAUGUUAUUCAUCUGUAUCACAAUUGCAAAUAUAUCGUAUCAAAGGCUUUACCCUAUCUGGGCUGGUAUUUUUCGCCUCACCGCCUGCCCAUUGUCUGUAAUCUUUCCUAAAUUUGGCACAGUCUCGUAUUCCCUCCAGAGGUGCUGGGAUUUGAUGUUCCAGAAACUGUUGUCACUAGCCGUGAAAUAGUGCGUUUCAUUUCGCUGUAA